CGCGGGCGUAGGGGAGGGAGAUCUGAGAGGCGGAGGGGAUCGGCCGCGGCUCAGAAGCACAGUGGCCAUGGACGACCUGGGGGAAAACACCACCGUGCUGUCCACCCUGAGGUCUUUGAACAACUUCAUUUCUCAGCGGGUGGAGGCAGGGUCUGGACUGGACGCUUCCGCCUCUGCCCCAAGCUCUCUGCAGAUGCAGUACCAGCAGAGCAUGCAGCUGGAGGAACGAGCGGAGCGGAUCCGUUCCAAGUCCCAGGUCGUCCAGGUGGAGCGGGAGAAGAUGCAGAUGGAGCUGAGCCACAAGAGAGCCCGAGUGGAGCUGGAGCGGGCGGCCAGCACCAGUGCCAGGCGCUAUGAGCGCGAGGUGGAUCGCAACCAGGAGCUCCUGACGCGCAUUCGGCAGCUGCAGGAGCGGGAGGCUGAGGCGGAGGAGAAGAUGAAGGAGCAGCUGGAGCGCCAUAGGCUGUGUAAGCAGAGCCUGGACGCCGCCGGCCAGAAGCUGCGGGAGAAGGAGGACGGCCUGGCCGCGGCCGGCGAGACCAUCAGCGCACUGAAGGCGAGGGUCUCCGAGUUGCAGUGGAGCGUGAUGAACCAGGAGAUGCAGGUGAAGAGCCUGGAGUCUGAGAGGCAGGAGCUCAAGGAGCAGCUGGCCUUGCAGCACAAGAAAUGUCAGGAGGCUAAUCAGAAGGUUCAGGAGCUCCAGGCCAGCCAGGAAGCGAGGGCCGACCAGGAGCAGAGGAUCAGGGAUCUGGAGCAGAAGCUGUCCCUGCAGGAACAGGAUGCUGCGGUCGUGAAGAAUAUGAAGUCUGAGCUGGUGCGGCUGCCGAAGAUGGAGAGGGAGCUGAAGCAGCUGCGGGAGGAGAGCGCCUACCUGCGGGAGAUGCGAGAGACCAAUGGGCUGCUCAGGGAGGAGGUGGAGGGGCUGCGGCGGCGGCUGGGACGGCAGGAGAAGAUGCAGGAGAGUCUGGUCGUCCUGGAGCUGGAGAAGGAGAGGCUGCUGGCAAAGCUGCAGAGCUGGGAGCGGCUGGAGCAGACCACGGGCUUGAGCAUCAGCGCCCGCGGGCUGGAGAAGGCCCUGCAGCAGCUUCAGGAGGAGGUCCGCCAGGUCAGCAGCCAGCUGCUGGAGGAGAGGAAGAAGCGGGAGACGCAGGAGGCCCUGGCGCGGAGACUCCAGAAGCGGGUCCUGCUGCUGACGAAGGCUCAGCUGUCACAGGCCCUGGAGGAGCUGGGAGGCCAGAAGCAGAGAGCGGACAUGCUGGAGAUGGAGGUGAAGAUGCUACAGUCUCAGUCCAGCACCGCCGAGCAGAGCUUCCCACUGUCCAGGGAGGAGGCAAGCUCGCUCAGGUACAUCAGCACCUGCGGCCUCCGGGCCUGCCUUUCCGAAUCACGCUCCGUCCACUCGGAGCCCUCUGCGUGGACACUAGGCUCUGCGCCCCCAGCACUGAGGGGUGUGCCGGGUUCAGCCUUCUGUGCGGGGGCAGCAGGGGCUUGUCCGGAGCCGGGCACAAACGGCCCUAUUUCAGAAGAGCUGCUCACAGGGCGCUUCCCGAAUGUCAGCCAGGCCGCCUUCAGUCCGUGUGUCCGGCCUGCCCAGAACACGCCUGUUUCCCCAGAGGCUUUCCCGAUCCUCCUGACCCUGUCCUGA